AUGGAAAGAACCGUCCUCUUUGUUUUUCUUUACAUUGCUGUUGAGGGAGAUAUUGGAAGACACGUUUAUAUCCACCAGCAUCUGAGCUGGACUGAAGCUCAGGCUUACUGUCGACGACAUCACACCGAUCUUUCUUAUUUAAACAGCCAGAGUGAUCUAGACAAGCUCCGAAAAGCUGCAGGUGGAAAGAUUCAUAAAGGAUGGAUCGGCCUUCAGCGAGAUCCCAACAAUAAUUCUGCUUGGAAGUGGUCCGGAGGAGGGCACAUUACGUACCAGAACUGGCACGACAGACAACCAAAUAAUAGGAAGAACGAGGACAUUGGAUCCAUCAGUUAUGGUGGGACAUGGUAUGAUGGUUUUGGCAGAACGUCCCACCCUUUUUACUGCGUGGAUGUGACCGUGGAGGAGGAGAAGACGUCCUGGGAAGACGCUCUGAACCACUGCAGAGAGAAACAAACCAAUCUAAGCAGUCUGCUCUCUGAGACCGACCGGCUUCUGGCCCAGACUGAGAUCCAGAACAGGAACAUCACUGAGCGGGUGUGGAUGGGCCUGCAUUUCCUGGGCGACCGCUGGAUGUGGGUGAACGGAGACCCUCUGGAAUACGAGGCCUGGUCCCACCAAGGAGGUCAGGACCACCAGUGUCCAAUCAGGAGACGCUGUGGAGCUUUAACCAAAGACGGACUGUGGGAGAACUGGGACUGCCAGGACAAACUCAACUUCUUCUGCAUGUGA